AUGUCAUCUACUAGCCUCCAGCUGCAUGGCUGUUUUUCUCCCUCUCUUCCGGGCCACCCCGCAUGGAAUCUUCUUCGUCCAAUUCUCAAUGCUACGAAUUGCUUGGGCGAAGGCCGAAAUCCUGUCACAGCGACAGGUCUUCGAAGCAGCCUCUCUGUCGAAUUUGACUUUUACUUUGUUGCUUUUGAUUCGAGCAGCUCCCAAUCGACCGAGCUAAAUAUUCUCCUCUUGAGUCCUGCCUGCUUGAAAUCAACCCGAGAGGCCACAAUUGGCAAGAUCCAGAAACUUCAGCAGUCAAGCGACUCAAAUCCCAUCCCCACUGCGAUAGUUUUCCUUUUUGAGGAUGGCUAUUCGCUACGCCAGUCCGACGGGACCUGGUGGCUUAAUGAAUUAAUGGGACUUGAAGCUCUCAUGGUUCAAUAUGUUCCUCAGGCGUGUCCUAUCCUACCUAUCUCUGACACAACCAAGUUUCUGGAUUUUAUCCGGAGCUUAAUGGAACGCAAAUUCACUUUGAGAACUCUACCACCUCUCUGCGCUGAAAAGCCUUUGCAGAUAUUGACUCGCAUGACCAAAAGUGGGACUCAAGCGAAUGAAGCCAACCCUGGUAACAUUUUGACUUGUCUUUACUCAUCUUUGCGCGACGUGAGCCAGGCAAAGAAUUCGGACCAAAUCACGGAUCUACUGCACACGUAUCUGGGGGUAAAGUAUGAUGGACAUAACAUCGCGGACUUCUUGCGGGAAGACUCGAAGGUGGAUUGA